AUGGCCUCCCCUUCACAGAAUCCAGCUCCACCCGCAAAUGACCAGGUCCAGCCAAAGCGGCCAUAUGCUGGGUCAUCGGCCAGCAAUGCGAGACCCCAGGGACAAAGCGCUCCCUCUGGUCAGGUAGAAUGUGGCCACCCUCAAUUGCCUGGUGCUCUGGGGGAUAAUCGAGAUUCUCAGGGCAGAGGCACAGCAACUCGUGCCACAUCUCCCCCACAGCCCUCGUUGGCUACAGCCUCUCCACACAGCUACAGGUCUCCCCAAAUCGUUCCAAACCACCUGGAUGAUCACCGAGAGUUUCCCUCGCCGGCUUGGACAACGCACCAUUUUGAGCCAAACCCGGUGGCACGAGAGCCAAGUAUGACUAUCGAUGCUCCUCGAGAUGGUUCGGUAGCGCAUCUUGUUAAUACGACCGGCCAAACAGGCGUAGAUGAAAGGACAGAAGCAUAUCGGGACAUGUCGUGGCUUCCAAAUGACCAGCAAUUACCUCCAAAGCAGCCGUUUCUAGCACCACCAGGUUUUACGGGUGCUGGGAUUACAGAGCCAAAGUUUCGACACCUCGACGGCUUGUCGGACCACGCCAGCAGAUGCAAGAUUCUGGAGAACUGGAUCCUCCGAUUAUGUGAUGCGUUGAAUCCUUUACCGGGCAUCCUGAACCCGAUACGAACCGUUUUUACACCUUUAGCUCUGGAGGGCGCACAGGAAGACGCUUCACAAUCGACAGGCGCCGUUGCUUUAUUCCAUAUGAUAUGCUCGGCCUCAGGCUUUCAUCUAUCUAACACGUGCGAAAUUGGGGACGAAAGACGCAAGUUCGAGCGUUUGGCACUUGAGCAUCAUGAAAUGGGCAUUUGCUAUCUCAGAGAGAAUAUUCGGACUGAUGAUGAGAGCCAAUAUGCUCCAAUUCUUGCCUCUUUGAUUAUAUGCCUACUGACUGAAGACAUAACUGUCAAUGACUCUUUUUGGCGUAUCCACAUAAGAGGCGCAGUUGAGUGGGUGAAUCAUGUCGGCGUUGAGUACUGGUAUCAGACGGAGUCAGCGUCCAUGAUAUACCAGAUGUUUCUAUGUAUGGGAACUUUAGUUCAAUCCCAGAUUCUCCCGGGGGACCGCAGUGGCUAUGGGUGGGAUUUGCGCUUCAACCUUGAAUCGCACCCUGGGCCAUACCUAAUAGAGUCGAUUUUUGGGUUACCCAAGCCAAUCCUGGAGGUUAUUCAUAGAAUGAAUGACAUCCAGAAGCGGGCGCAAGAGCAGCAACACCCCGAAAAUACCUCGGCAGAUCGUACUUUCAGUGCUGAGGUCUUAAAGGAGAUAGAUGCACUUGAAUUCGAGCUUCUUCUUAUGAUGCCAUCUCCCUGGGAGUCGCCGAUCAGUAUCCCACAGGGUAAGCAGCUGAUUUACCACUACGGAUAUACAUAUUAUUACGCCUCUCUACUUUAUCUGAAACGCACCUUGAAGGGAGUCCCAAUACGCGAGGUGCAGGGCCUGGUCAGGAAUGCCCUCCAGCACAUCGAAGCGCUCAAGACCCUCGAAGCCGGGCACUCAACCCCGUCUCUGUGGCCCAUCGCCAAUAUUGCACUUGAAACGCACAGCCCGGAGCUGCGGCCUCGCAUGCUCGCCUGCAUUGACUUUUUCUCCAAGCAGUCCACGCUGCUCAUGUGGGGAAAGUUUGGCUCUUCGGUCCGUGGUCUGUGGACGCGGAGACAGAGUCCCGGAGAGGAGAAUCUAAGCUGGCACGCGUACUCGCCCAUCUUUUACCACAACUAUGUCUUCAUAUGA